GUGCGCUCCACGGCCCCCUACGUCGCCUUCCCGGUGGCCUUCGUGGUGGGGCUGGUGGGCUACCACCUGGAGCGGUGCCUCCGCGGAGACCCCCCGCCCGCCGCCGAGGAGGAGAAGAGCAUCUCGGAGCAGCGGGAGGACCGCAAGCUGCAGGAGAUCGCGGGCAAGGACCUGACCAAGGUGGUGAGCCUGAAGGACAAGCUGGAGUUCGCCCCUCGGGCCGUGCUGAACAGGAACCGCCCGGAGAAGAGUUAAUGAAGUUGUGCGGGCAGACGCGGUGCCCGGCGGCGACUGCCCCGGCUGCCGGAGGGCUGGGUCCCGCAGCACCGUGCUGGGGAUGCCCCUGCCACCUGCAUGUCUUCCGCCAGCCUCCCUCCUGCAGGGGCAAUAUGCCCUGCCCACUGCUGCUCUUCACCCUCCCAGGCCCCGCCGGAGGGUUGGGGUUUGCCCACCCCACAGAUGCACUCAAGACACAGCACCACCCAGACCCCCUGGGUGGCAGAGCGGGCAGGGAGCCAUGCUUUGGAGGUGGAGCAUGUCUGAAACUCAUUCGCUCUCGGCCUGUCCUGGCCCCUGAACCAUGAAACCCUCUCGGCCUGGUCCCACCCAUGUCUCUCCAGGUUGGGUUUCUUCCAUGGCUUGAAGACAGAAGAAACUUGGACCUGAGUGACAUGGUGUUGGGGUGAGGCCAACCAUCUGCGGCAGGAGGACCCACUGUCCUGCUUACAGCUCUCCCGUGGCUCUUUGCGAACCCCGACCACAGCACCACGCCACUGCGUUUCACCCACGGGAGCCUGAGCAGCGGCGGACAUCUCUGGGGAACCCCUCUCUGCAUCAUCCCCCGGCUUUGUGGCGAGGAAGGGGGACGGGGGGAGGUGGAAGUCCUGGCCCUGCUUCCAUCCUGGAGCUCUGAGCAUGGCUUUGGGCUCGCGUGUCGAGGAAGGGGAGAUCUCUGCCCUGUACAGGAACAGCCAGAAUAAACUUCUGUCAGUC